AUGGAACUCGUAACUUUCGCCACAAGAGUCUGCAAGGUGCUCGGUGUCGAGACCAUGAUUGUGACCAACGCAGCAGGCGGACUGAACCCAAAUUACAGCGUGGGCGACAUUGUAUGUCUCAACGAUCACCUGAACAUGGCUGGCUUGGUUGGUUUCCACCCUCUUCGUGGACCCAACUCUGACGACUUUGGUGUACGUUUCCCUCCUCUGUCCGAUGCAUAUGAUCUUGGUCUACGCCAAAAGGCACACCGGACAUGGCAGAAAGUGCGCCCAGCCGACGGCAAUCGCAAGAUGCACGAGGGCGUGUAUGCGUUUGUUGCUGGUCCAACAUACGAGACUAGAGCAGAAUGUCGUAUGUUGCAUCAACUAGGCGCUGAUGUAGUUGGUAUGUCGACGGUGCCUGAGAUUAUUGUUGCCAGACACAGUGGUAUCCGGAUUCUCGCCUUCAGCCUGGUGACUAACAAUGCUGUGCUGCAACCUGUACCGCGCGGCGACGAUGCAGCAUUGAGCUCCAUGUCACCACAAGAGCUUGUUGAUCACCUUGGCAAGGGCCGCCAAGGACAUGCAGGUGCGUAUGACUGGUGA